AUGUCGACUCGGAACAACAGGUCGAACAGAAAGAAAGGGAAAGUGAGACGCUGGCUGGAUAGUCUACUUUGCGUCUCAUCGCCCGAGGAUCCAGUCGGGCCACCCACCCAGCAGCGCCCGUCUUCACAUGCCUCGUUACCCUUAGAACCAAUCCAAGACGCCCACACAGAUGCCCCCAAUAAUGACAACACCGAACAACAAGCGCCUUUGCAUGCAUCACCCCCUGCAGAACCGACCCAAAGUGCCGAUGUGGAUUCGGUCAAUGACGAGAACGCACCCCUUCCGACAAGCCAAUCGCCAUCUCGAACCGGCACUCCUGUCGAUACAUCAGGUGUCAAGAGCGGAGCAUGGGAAGGGCUGCGGGCGUCGCUCAAGACCCUGAGGGACACUCCCGCGAUGUUUGGUCCGCUCGUCUCCGCCGCCAGUGUACUUGUUGACUGCUUCGAUACUAUCGAGGUUGCUGCGAGAAACCAACAAGACUACGAGCAUCUGGCCACCGAGCUUGACACGCUCGCCAAGUCGCUUGUGACGACCUGCAAGGGAGGUGCGCCGAGCUCGGUUACCGACUGUGUGAAGGGGAUUGCCAUUGUUAUCAAGCGCGAGGCAGAAGAGAUCGAGAACAAGGUGGGACGUGGGACUGGAAGGCGGAUGGUGAUGGCGAAUGCAGACGGGGAGGACCUAGUGAGGCGAUACAGGCGGAUUGAGUCACUGUUCCGCCAAUUGCAGACAAACAUCGGGAUGAGUACCUGGGCGAUCACGAACGAACUGAUGGUGGCAAGUAUUGCAUGGCGCGAGAUGCAGAAAUCAAGGCUUGCGGACCUGAACGCGGAGAAGAAGGCAACAUACAAUUCCACGCUCUCAACAUCGACCAGCAGACGGACAUGCACCGAAGGCACACGAGUCAGCAUCCUCUCCGAGCUCGAACGCUGGGUGUCUGCCUCGGACCAAAAGGCGGUGUACUGGAUGAGCGGAAUGGCCGGCACCGGCAAGACCACCAUCGCAUGCACCUUUGCCAAAUGGCUCGAGACCGAGAAACUCCUAGCAGCGAGCUUCUUCUGCACAAGGACGUCUGCCGACUGCCGCGACGUAACUCGGAUCGUACCGACAGUGGCAUACCAGCUCGCACGGUACUGCAUCCCGUUCCAGUCGGCGCUGUGCGACGUUCUCGGAAACGACCCGGACUUGGGAACGAAGGACAUCAGGACGCAGUUCGAACGGCUGUUAGUCGACCCACUGAAGACAAUCAAGAACGACAUACCGAGCAACCUGGUGGUGGUGAUCGAUGCGCUGGACGAGUGCGACGACCAACGAGGAGUGGAGCAAGUGCUGGAUAUGCUGUUCAAGCACGCCAGUCAGCUGCCAAUCAAGUUCUUCGUGACGAGUCGACCCGAGGCGGAGAUCUAUACGACAAUGACGACCCAUGCACGGUUGCGUGCGGCGAUAUACCUACACGACAUCGAAAAGUCGCUGGUCAGGGCGGACAUCGAGCUAUACCUAAAGCAGGAGCUUUCGUCUACCAUCCCCGGGCUACCGAAUGAAGUCCUCAAGCAGCUUGUCGAUCGAUCCGGGGUGCUGUUCAUCUAUGCGGCUACGCUUGUUCGCUACAUUCGACCCGGGACCGGCAAGGCCAAUUCUCGCGAACGGCUGAACACGGUACUGGGCAUGACGGCCGAGUCGGGUCAAGAGAACUCACAGAUCGAUAAGCUAUAUACGGCGAUACUGAAGUCGGCGCUGGAUGACGAAGAACUAGAAGCAUCGGAGAAAGAGGCGGCGCAGGCGGUGCUACGUACGGUGCUGUUUGCCCAAGAGCCGAUAUCGCUGGAGACCAUCGGGGCACUAUCCGGGAUCGACAAUACACACCGAGUGGAGUGUGCGCUGAAUGGGCUUCGAUCAGUGCUGCACCACUCGGAGGCUACAAAACUGGUGACCACGCUGCAUGCAUCGUUUCCGGACUUUAUGUUCAGCCAGGCCCGGUCAGGGCAAUACCACUGCGACGUCAAGGAGCAUAGUCCAGGGCUGACGAGUCGAUGCUUUGGGGUGAUGAAGGACCAGCUACGGUUCAACAUAUGCGACCUGCCAUCGUCAUUCAUACGCGACAGCCAGGUCGACAACAUACAACACCGAAUCAAGACCAAGAUCUCGUCAACACUGGCGUAUGCAUGCCGCUACUGGCCGAGUCAUCUGGCUCAGACGAGAGUGUCGGAAGACAUGGUGGUGGCGCUGAAGGAGUUUGUAUCGGAUCGGCUGCUGUUCUGGAUGGAGGUGAUGUGCCUGCGGCGAGAGCUGCUGUUUGGAAUCCACGGGUGGUUGGCAAUUAAGCGAUGGAUAACGGCGAGUAUGAUGAUGAUGGAGUCAGGGUCCGAAUCCUCCGAGUUGCGGCAAUGGGUCGAGGAUGCCAUCAACUUCUGCACCAGCUAUGCCUCCAGUCCAGCGUCGCAGUCCACGCCACACAUCUAUAUCUCAUGCCUGCCUUUCUGUCCUCGGUCGAGCUCGGUAUAUACGCACUACUGGCAUCGGAUGCAAGGGCUGCUGGAGCUGAAGGGAAGCCUGAUGGACCGCAGAGAGACAGCCGCAGUGGCAACCUGGAACAUUGGCGAGCUAGUAUGGUCGGUGGCAUACUCGGUGGAUGGGAGUCGAGUGGCAACGGGAUGCAGUGACCCAACAGUGAACAUACGGGACGCAUACGAUGGCACGGUGGUUGUUGGUCCACUCCAGGCUCACACCGACCAUGUCCAUUCGGUGGUGUUCUCGCGUGAUGGCAGACUUCUGGCCUCUGGGUCAGAAGAUCGCACGAUCCGGGUGUGGGACGUGCGCACCGGCAGUCUUGUUGCCGGCCCAUUCCAGGGUCACACCUGGUAUGUCAACUCGGUCUCGUUCUCACCCGACAGCAAGCGUAUAGUCUCUGGCUCCUUCGACAACACCAUUUAUAUAUGGAACACAGUCGAUGGCACACAGCUUUGCGGUCCAUUGCAGGGCCAUACCGAUUCAGUCCGCUCUGUGACGUUCUCACCGGACGGCACUCUCAUUGCCUCUGCCUCCGACGACAAGACGAUCCGACUGUGGCGCUCGGACGACGGCACUCCUGCUGCUUCACCGCUGCAAGGCCAUAUCAAAGCUGUCCGGUCCGUUGUAUUCAGUCCUGAUGGCACUCUGCUUCUCAGCGGGUCAGAGGACAUGAGCGUUCGUGUAUGGAGGGUGUCUGAUGGGUCGGCUGUCACCACUCCGUUUCGAGGUCAUACAGAUACCGUCCAAUCGGUCACAGUGUCGCCUGAUGGAACACUUGUUGCAUCUGGCUCUUAUGAUAAGACUGUGCGAGUGUGGAGGAUCGCCGAUGGGUCCCUUGCUGCCGGUCCAUUUGUUGGCCAUACUGGUACUAUUAUGUCAGUUGGGUACUCACCGGAUGGGACACGAGUCAUCUCUGGCUCUCGGGAUCGGACGGUGCGAGUGUGGAAUGUGCGAAAGGGCAUUGUAACUCCUGCAUCAGAUCAUGCUCUACCUCAUAUCAGAUCCCUCUGGUUCUCGCCCGACAAUGGCCACGUAUUCACCAAAUCGAACCAGGGCGAAAUGCAGAUGUGGGAUGUGUCGAAUGGCACCUCCCGGCCGGCCCCACCCGACAUACGGCUUUCCCGCCCGCUAUCUUCCUCAACAUUUCCCAAAAGCUUAUAUACUGCCCAAACCAAUAACCAUGGGGAGCUAGUACAGCUCGUGCGGAAGGAUAAUGGGACUGUGGCUGCUGGACCGUUUGACCCCAUCCCUCGAAUGCUGAGGUUUACGGACAGUGCCCAUGUUAUUUUAGUUUUCGAUGAUGGCACAAUUCAAGGCAUAUCUCUGCAAACUGGAGAGGCCGUUUUCCGCUUAUGUUCCGCCAGGAAUGGCCAGGUUGACAACAUUGCAGUAUGCUCGGAUGGCUCACUUCUUGCGUCAGUUGACAACAAUGCCUUCCCUCAUCGUAGCCUACGAGUCUGGAGUACGACCUCGCCUAUUCUGGAGUUCCGGGCUCCUGCCGGUGCCCCUUCCACCUCAGGAUCAAGUCAGACUCUUUCCGACCUUUACGAUGGAUGUCGUGUCGAUUGGGAUGGGUGGCUGAUCAAUAGCCGUAAUGACUUGUUGCUGUGGCUUCCGGUGGAGAUCGCUGAUACAGGACUGUCCCCGUUCGUGUCGGUGAUUGUUACAAUGUCUGGCACAUUAGAGGUCCCGAAGCAGUGGCUGGUGGCUGGACAAGAGUGGGGGAAAUGUUAUGCAAGAGGCUGA